AAAUACUUUUUUAGGCCAUUUUUUUGUUUAGCUACUAGAAACACCCAGCAUCUGAAACAAGACGUCCCUACGGCCAUGGAAAACACUUUGUUGAUGCGAGUGAGUGUUUUCUCCGACCAGGGAGGUAGGAAAUACAUGGAGGACGUUACCGAGGUUGUAGUGGAGCCCGAGUCCGGGGAAGACGAGCUGAACUCGAACGAACAUGAUGAUAUCAAAGGGGAUAACUCGACGGUGGACAUUAUGCCUGAAAACGAGCAGCCUGAUCGGACUGUACACAACGAGCCUCUAUCUGCCUCCACUACAGUUGCAUGGACACAAAAUGUACAAAAUGGGGACCUAAGUUGUGCUGCAGCUGCACUGGCAGUUUCCACAGUGGAGAGUUCACCGGUCCAGAGCGAUAACCGGACCCAGCGAUCAGUGGCUUUCUUCGCGGUGUUUGAUGGCCACGGAGGCCGAGAGGCAGCGCAGUUCGCACGGGACUAUUUAUGGGAAUUUAUCAAGAAACAGCGGGGGUUUUGGUCCAAGGAUGACGAGGAAGUGUGUGCAGCUAUUCGUAAAGGUUUCGUUGCCUGCCACCAUGCCAUGUGGAAAAAGCUGCCCGAAUGGCCCAAAACACUCACAGGGCUUCCCAGCACCUCGGGCACCACGGCCAGUGUAGUGGUAAUCCGGGGGGACCGAAUGUACGUGGCCCACGUAGGAGACUCUGCCAUAGUGCUGGGGGUCCAGGAUGACCCCUCUGACCAGUUCAUCAGGGCCGUGGAGGUUACACAGGACCACAAGCCUGAGCUUCCCAAGGAGAGGGAGCGCAUCGAAGGGCUGGGGGGCAGGUAAGACUUACUGAUGCAUACUACCCUGGAGGGCAUCGAAGGGCUGUGGGGGCAGGUAAGACUUACUGAUGCAUACUACCCUGGAGGGCAUCGAAGGGCUGUGGGGGCAGGUAAGACUUACUGAUGCAUACUACCCUGGAGGGCAUCGAAGGGCUGUGGGGGCAGGUAAGACUUACUGAUGCAUACUACCCUGGAGGGCAUCGAAGGGCUGUGGGGGCAGGUAAGACUUACUGAUGCAUACUACCCUGGAGGGCAUCGAAGGGCUGUGGGGGCAGGUAAGACUUACUGAUGCAUACUACCCUGGAGGGCAUCGAAGGGCUGUGGGGGCAGGUAAGACUUACUGAUGCAUACUACCCUGGAGGGCAUCGAAGGGCUGGGGGGCAGGUAAGACUUACCGAUGCAUACUACCCUGGAGGGCAUCGAAGGGCUGUGGGGGCAGGUAAGACUUACUGAUGCAUACUACCCUGGAGGGCAUCGAAGGGCUGUGGGGGCAGGUAAGACUUACUGAUGCAUACUACCCUGGAGGGCAUCGAAGGGCUGGGGGGCAGGUAAGACUUACCGAUGCAUACUACCCUGGAGGGCAUCGAAGGGCUGUGGGGGCAGGUAAGACUUACUGAUGCAUACUACCCUGGAGGGCAUCGAAGGGCUGGGGGGCAGGUAAGACUUACUGAUGCAUACUACCCUGGAGGGCAUCGAAGGGCUGUGGGGGCAGGUAAGACUUACCGAUGCAUACUACCCUACUGGGUUAGUUGUCUAGCCAGCCAACUCCACAUUAUUAUAUAUAUACUGUAUUUAUUUAUUUAGCUCCUUUGCACCCCAUU